UCUCUCCAUCGUGCAGCCCCUCACGAGCCAGAUCGUCUCUGGGAACCACCUUGUCCACCGUGGUCGCUACUUCCUCUUCCGAGUAACCUGAAUGAAAGAAUUCACAGAUUAGGUCCGACGGCGUAGGAGACGGCGGUGACUCCCCCGGCGGCUCCGCUCCAUCCUCGUCCGCAUCAUCAUCGUCAGAUCCGGCGAGGGCCCAGAAGCGACCGCCCACCCGGCGGCGAUCGCCGGCAUCGGGCGGUGGCUCCGCCGUCGGGCGCGGAGAUCGCCCCGGAUCGCCUCCCUGUCGCCUAACGGUCAUGUGUUUCGACUCACAUUAACGAGGCAGAGCUUGUGGGCUUUGUUAAGCCUAAAGAAGAGUUGAUUAAGAUGAUGGAUGUCAACGCUGGAGAUGGUCUUUCCAAGGUGGUUUGUGUUGUUGGCAUGGGCGGUUUAGGAAAGACUACUCUAGCAAGGAAGUUAUAUGAAAGUAAGGUAGACAUUGUGAGCAAAUUUUCUUGUUGUGCUUGGGUCACUGUCUCAAAAUCGUUUUCUAGGAUAGAGAUGCUCAAGGACAUGAUUAGGCAGCUUUUGGGUUCUGGUUCACUGAAGAAAUGCUUGAAUGAACUUGAAGGCAAGGAAGUGCAAGUAGAUGAUCUCGGCAACUACCAUAGAGAAGAGCUAGCGGAGAAGAGGUAUUUUAUUGUUCUUGAUGACUUCUGGACCAUAGAUGCAUGGAAGGGGAUAACGAAUAUUGCUUUUCCUGUUAGUAACAAUAAAGGUAGCCGGGUAAUAGUAACAACCAGAGAUGUUGGUUUGGCUGAGCAGUGCACUUCUGAAUCACUUAUCUACCACCUUAAACACCUCCAAAUUAGUGAUGCCACAAAUUUGCUACUUAGAAAGAGUAGGAAAACACGGGAAGACAUGAAAAAUGAUAAGAAAAUGAAGAUCGUGGUUACUAAAAUUAUGAAGAAGUGUGGCGGUCUACCACUGGCUAUACUCACUAUAGGAGGCAUUCUUGCCACCAGAAAGCUAACAGAUUGGGAAAGUAUUUACAAGCAGAUCCCCUCGGAACUUGAGAGCAACCCUAGCCUUGAAGCAUUGAGGAGGAUAGUCACUCUGAGUUACAACUAUUUGCCAUCUCAUCUCAAGUCAUGCUUUCUGUAUUUAAGCUUAUUUCCUGAAGAUUUUGAAAUCAAAAGGAGACGCGUGGUAGAGAGAUGGAUAGUCGAGGGGUUUGUUAAAACCAAUGGUGGAGUAAACAUUGAAGAUGUUGGAAUAAGUUACUUUAAUGAGCUAAUCAACCGAAGCAUGAUUCAGCCCUCAAGAGUGAACAUCGAAGGAAUCAGUAAGAGUUGUCGAGUACAUGAUAUCAUGCGUGAUGUCAUGGUCUCAAUUUCUAGAGAUGAAAAUUUUGUGAACAUUGCAAGUGGUAAUGCAGCUAGUCCUGUAGAGCAGAACUUCCGUCAUGUAUCAUACCAUGGUAGCAAGUGCCAAAACAUAGACACAUAUUGGUGCAAUAAUGUUCGCUCGGUGACUGUAUUUGGUGAGAGAUCCAUCGAGAAAUCACCUCCAGUCUUUUCACAUGACUUAAGAAUGCUUAGAGCCAUGGAUCUAGAGGAUGCACAAUUUAAAAUCACCCAGAAAGAUAUAGAAAUUAUAGGACUGUUGCGGCACUUGAAGUAUGUGAAUAUUCAGUGUGGUAGCAAUUCACAAGUUUGCAAACUUCCAAGAUCUAUUGGUAAGCUACAAUACUUGCAAACUUUGGACAUACGUAACACAUAUAUCACAUCAUUGCCAGCUGAAAUUUGUAAACUCCAAAGUCUGCAUAGCCUCCGUUGUGGAAGAAAAUACUGGCACAAUGAUUCAGAUUCAUAUGUGCCAAUUGGAUGUUUGGUGGACACAUUGUGUCUACCCAUGAUGUUCACACCUUUGGGUAAUCCUGAUCUUCAUGAUUAUUUGAUUGCUGAGCUACGCAUGGUAUACUCUGGUCGCUGGUUCAAGUCCGAGGGUUUGAGGGUGCCCAAAGGAAUUGGUAACUUAAAAGAGUUACACAUAUUGGAGGUCGUGGACAUCAAGAAAACUUGUAGGACAGCAACUAAAGAACUAGGGAAGCUUACACAACUACAAAAACUGAGAGUUGUAGCAGAAGGAGCCUCCACGGAAAAAUGUAAGAUACUUUGUGCAACCAUCGAGGAGCUAUCUUCCCUAUCAUCUCUUGGUGUGGAUGCUGGAUCACUCAAGUGGAUCCAUUCUAUAUCCUGCCCUCCCCCCUUCUUGAGGACCCUGAAGUUGGAUGGACUUCUUGGAGAGGUGCCGGGCUGGUUUAAGCAUCUUAUGAAUUUGGUGAAGCUUUACCUUAAAGGGAGCCAUAUGAAGGAAGGAGGUAAAAGCAUGGAGAUAUUGGGAGCACUGCCCAACCUCAUGCUCCUUCAUCAAUAUUCAAAUUCUUAUGAUGGGGAGAAGCUCGUGUUUAAAGUGGGAUCAUUUCCAAAGCUACGGAAGCUUGACGUCUUUCUUCAUUGUAAAUUGACGGAGCUGAGAUUCGAGGUGGGCACCUCGCCCUACCUUGAAAAGAUAGAAAUUGGUGACUGCAUGUUAAGAUCAGGGAUUAUUGGUAUCCAACACCUUCCAAGGCUCAAAGAGAUUUCACUUGGAGAAGGUUGUAAAGUGGCCAGACUUUGUUUACUGCAAGGCGAAGUGGAGGCACACCCCAACCAUCCUGUGUUGCGACUGCUCUGGGGAAGGGGUUACCAUGACCUUAGGGGAGUCACCGAUGUCUCCAGUGCUGCUGCACAAGUGAUAGAAGUAGCGACGGAACCAUCAGUUGUUCUUUCCGAGCAGGCAGUAGGAGAGCGCUCCUCACAGGUGCUGACAGGGAGCGAUAGCGAAGACGAUCUGCGCUGAUGACGAGUUUCUGGUUGAUGAUCGCUUCUCCGUCCUGAACAUUCCGCGCCUCGGUUGACAUGCUGGCCUCGCUUAGGUUGUUACCUUCCAACGCUAUACAGGGCAGAAGACAAGAUCCAUUGCACUACCCUACAAAAGAAGCUAUUGCUAAGCUGCAUAUAUUGUUAUGCUGCAAUUGGUCAUCAGGUUGAAUCUUCCAAGUUUGCUGCUAGUUACCUCCAAGGCCCUGCUUGGAAUGGGUGUAAAUAUAUACACCUGUAUUUAUUUUACAGGUGUAAAUUACUGGUCAGUACUUGUUUUCUACCUGGAACGAAAACGACGGGAGGAGGUGUGUAUUCUAAACCGGUGAGAAACGGAGCUGAAAUGCGAACCCAAACAGGCCCCAAGUGUUUUUUAUGUCGCGAAGGGCAGAGGGGUGCCACGUAUCUUCUGGGUAUUGGUGGAACGAAGGAGACAAAGCAAGAUCUCAGAUUGAAAUUACAAGUGACAGCUGUUAGCCCAGAUGAUAGUCAAUUGCAUGGAGAAGAUCAUGGAAUGGAUGAUCAAUCUGAUGAGAAGACCUGCAAUUGUGAAUAUAGAGUACUUGCCUUUUACUAGUACCCUCAUGUUUCGUUUUUCUGUUUCAAGUUCCAGUGAGAGUACUUUGAGUACCUGCAAGUCGUACUGUUGUACACCAUCGCGCAAACAUAAAGCUAGUGUACUACUAAUUUGGGUGCAGAAUAUUUUGUGUACUGUAUCGACGGUGCUGUAAGAACACCGCCGACAGC